GAAAAUUUUUAGUCUGUGGGUCGGUCUUUGGCAGAAAGUCCUCGCGUGUGCAUUCUUGCUGUUUAUUUGGUUAAUGCGAAAUUCACAUGACAAAAUAAUAUUAAAAUAAAGAAAAUGUAUUCCAGUGAUGAUUACAACGAGGGAGGCUAUGAGUCCUUUGGGGACUACGAACCGCAUACUGGGGACCCACAGUAUGACUUGGAAUAUGAUAGGUCAUACUAUAAAAUGCCUGAGAUGGUGAAAAAGUUCUUGGUGUAUUUCCGCAAUAUGAUAAAUGAAGGUGUAACUUAUGAGAUCCUAAAUCUCUAUGAAAACACUUUCCCAAAACUAACAGAACAGUAUUUUGAGAACACUCCUUGGCCAGAGGAAAAUGAAGUGGCACCUGUUGUUGAUAAUGAUCAUGUUUUCAUGAUCCUGUACAAAGAGCUGUACUAUCGCGAUAUCUACGCGCGUGUCCCAGGAGGACCAAAACCUGAACAACGAUUCACUUCAUUUUACAAUUACUGUGACUUGUUCAACUAUAUUUUGUCUGCCGAAACCCCGGUUCCCUUAGAGUUGCCUGACCAAUGGCUUUGGGAACUCAUUGAUGAGUUUGUCUACCAGUUUCAAUCUUUUGCCCAAUAUAGGUCACGCACCUCUAAGUUGAGCCCUGCUGAGAUCGAGGCUCUUAAUACUGAGAACAAGGCAUGGAAUGUUCUCUGCAUACUGAAUGUUCUGCAUUCCCUUGUGGACAAGUCCAACAUCAAGCGCCAACUUGAGGUUUACACUGCCGGCGGUGACCCCGACUCCGUGGCGGGCGAGUUCGGCCGCCACACCCUCUACAAGAUGCUGGGAUACUUCUCGCUGGUGGGGCUCCUGCGGCUGCACUCGCUGCUUGGAGACUACUACCAGGCGAUUAAGGUGCUGGAAAACAUCGAGCUGCACAAGAAGUCGACCUACUCCCACGUGCCCGCGUGCCAGGUCUCCACCUCUUACUACGUGGGCUUCGCGUACAUGAUGAUGCGGCGCUACGCCGACGCCAUCCGCACGCUGUCAACCGCGCUGCUGUAUGUGCAGCGCACUAAGCAGCUGUUCUCUGCUCGCUCUUACCAGAACGACCAGAUCAAUAAGCAGACGGAGCAGAUGUAUAAUCUGCUGGCUAUCUGCCUGGUGCUGCAUCCGCAGUGUGUUGACGAGUCCAUUCAGCAGGUGCUCCGUGAGAAGAACUACCACGAGAAGAUGUUCAAGAUGCAGUACGGCGACCUGGGCGAGUUCGAGAGCUGCUUCACCUUCGCCUGCCCCAAGUUCCUGGCGCCCUGCCCGCCGCCUGUCGAGCCCGGCUCCAAUUACGGCCGCGACGCCGUCAAGCACCAGACGCAGGUCUUCAUGGACGAGGUCCGCCAGCAAAAGAUGCUGCCGACCAUCCGGUCUUACCUGAAGCUGUACACGACGCUCCCGCUGGCCAAGCUGGCGGCGUUCAUGAUGGCGGCGCGCGGCGGCGACCGCGACCGGGACGUGGCGCGCGAGCACGCCUCGCUGGCCAUCCACCUGCUCUGCUUCAAGCACAAGAUGAAGAACGUCGUCUGGACUAAAGGCCCCAGCGGCCUGGAUGGAAAGUUCCAGAGCGGAUCUGAGUUGGACUUCUAUAUCGACAAUGACAUGAUCCAUAUCGCCGACACGAAGGUGGCCCAUCGCUACGGCGACUUCUUCAUUCGGAAACUCUUGAAGUUUGAAGAACUCAACCGCAAACUUCACCACAUCAAAAUAUAAUCAGUCGCAAAUA